CACGUAGAGAGCGUCGGGUCGAAGCUGGCUCACACCUAUAGCACCGGGCACAGUAACGUUAUGCAGAGCAGGUGGUCAUGGCCUGGAAGUCGAGGACCCGCAGUCUGCAGGUGUUUGACACGGAGCUGAGUGCGGACACGGUGGAGUGGUGUCCGCUUUCCCCCACACAUGACAUCCUAGCCUGCGGCACCUACCAGCUGCAGAAAGGGACAGGAGAAGAGGAUGGCACCCCAAGCAGGACCGGUCGUUUGUACCUUUUUGAAUUUCGCCGGGAAGGAUCAAUGAGCCCGCCUCUCACUGAACUGCAGCGCAUAGACACAGCCGCCAUUCUAGAUUUGAAAUGGUGCCAUGUACCCGUGUCGGGGAAGGCCGUGCUGGGAAUGGCAGCAGCCACCGGGGAGCUGCAGCUGUACACUCUGUCAGACACUCAGGAAGGCGGCCGCAGUCUGCAGCCUCUGAGCAGUCUGGAGGUGGGAGCGGAGCGGCUGGCUCUGUCAUUGGAUUGGUCCACUGGAAGACUGGACAGCAGUGACGUGAGGGUGGUGUGCAGCGACUCAGCGGGCUGCAUCAGCGUGCUGUCUCUGGCUGAAGGCGCUCUGACUGCUCUGACACAGUGGAAGGCACACGACUUCGAGGCCUGGAUCUCAGCCUUCUCCUACUGGGAUACACAGCUGGUUUACUCUGGUGGAGAUGACUGUAAACUCAAAGGCUGGGAUCUCAGGGUCGGACCCUCCAGCCCCACGUUUAUCAGUAAAAGGCACUCGAUGGGUGUGUGCAGUAUUCACAGCAACCCACAUCGGGAACACAUCGUGGCCACAGGCAGCUACGACGAGCAGGUGUUGCUGUGGGACGGCAGGAACAUGCGGCAGCCUCUCAGUGAGAGUCCCAUGGGUGGAGGUGUGUGGAGGCUGAAGUGGCAUCCGACCAAUCCGCACCUUCUGCUGGCAGCCUGCAUGCACAAUGACUUCCAUAUACUUCACUGUCAGCAAGCCCUAGAUGGCGCUGGAGGAGCUUGUCCACUCGUAGCCUCCUACAUCCUCCACAACUCCCUGGCGUACGGAGCCGACUGGUCCCGGCUGUCCCUGGAGGUACCAGCUGCCUGCUCCCCCUCCGCCGCCGAACCAAAGGAAAUCCUCGUAGAGAGCGGAGGACACUUGAGGAUCCAGUACGAGUCCCCCACCGCCAGCUUCGAUACGUCACUGGAGGACGACGCCGGACGAUACAUCCCAGAGGGCAUUGCGCCACCCGCUACCAGCUCUACCGCAGCCCCUGCCCUCAACCCCGAUGGCGAUGCCCCUUCUGUGUCCUGCCUGCUGGCCAGCUGCUCGUUCUAUGACCACAUGCUCCAUGCGUGGCGGUGGGACUGGACUCCAGAUGAGGCUGGACAGGAAACGGAGUCAUGUUGACAAGGCCGGACCACCAGCCCAGUUGACUCUAUUGAAAUAUCUUCAGAAUGUACAGCCCAGACAUAACACAGGCAUGACAUGCUGUUAUAUUACGUUAUGCUGACGAUGUUAUGCUGUCACUCACCAUCUUUAAUGAGGAUAUGUCCCCAACACUUUGGAAAAAUGUAAUCACACAAUAUGCAAUUUAGCAAAACCCUAUAUUUUCAUAAAGAAAACACUGAUUUUUUUUAUGAACUUGUAUUUGAGCGAGUGGUUAUAUAUCAUGUAGCUGCAAUGUACCACCCAACAUUCUUUCUAUUUAUUACAUCUUUUUUUAAAAAGCACUUUGUAAUUAUAUUAAGGAAAGUUGCUCACAACAGCACAUUGCUUCACAGUUUUAAACAAUAACCAAUCAACAAGUUUUAACACAUGACUGGUUCCCACUACAGUGUUUGCUAAUACGUCCAACAAGUUUAUUGAUCCUCAGAGGGAACUUCUCUCCAUUUUAACCUAUUUGCUCUUUUAGGGACUUUGACUGUGUAUGAAAUCACUCCCUAUUUACUAUAUAAGCACUACAUUUACCCUCCACCAUUUUAUGUGUCUGAAUGCUGAGUGCAUAAAUAUAUGCACUAUAUAGAGCCUUCAAAUAUUCCACAAAAAAAGUUAUGUCAAUGGUAUGUACCAUACUUUUCUGCUAACAAUCUGUGUGACUCUACACCUGACGAUGAUGACACAAAAUUAUGACGGUUAAUGUCCAAAAUUUUGAUUGGAUGCUCACUACUGAGUGAACUAUUUAGUGUUUAUUACACAGGGAGUAGUGAAUGGGUGCAUAAGGGAGUGAUUUCAGACACAGCUUUCAUUUUGGUCCAGAUUUCCUGGUUAAAGGUAAUGAUGCUGUUGACAUUAAAGGUGCAUUGUGUAGAAUUUAGUAGCAUCUGGCCUAAAGGACUUGACAGAAAUGGAAUAUAACAUUCAUGAGUAUGAGUGAGUUUUAAUUAGUAUAUAAUUCCAUGAAAAUAAUCAUCAUUGUGUUUUCGGUACCUUACAAUAAGACCUUUACAUCUACAUAGUGAGCGGGUCUUCACAUUAAAAAUGUUUCUACAGUAGCCCAGAAGGAACAAACAGAACUCUGGCUCUAGAGAGGGCUUUUUGCAAGUUUUGUGGCCACUGUAUGUUCUAUACACUUGGAAGGGGUUGUAAUAUUCCACCUCACCACUAGAAUGCCCUAGAUCCCACACACUGCACCUUUAAGGUUCCAACAUUAGAUUAAAAACUCUUUUUACCUUUGUCAACAAAAAAAAAGCUCUACCGGCCUUUUUUCUGCUCUCCACAAAUCUGAGCUAGUAACUUUCACAGCAUGAUGAUUUUUUGUAAAACUCUAUUGAGGUGUGUGAAAAUGUAGAGGCCACUUUUAUCCCUGGAUCUUUAAACCUUCUCACUACUAAAGUUACAAUGGGAAGUUUUGGCAUGACUGCAUGUAUUAACGUAAUGUUUUCUGGACUUAAAGGGGGUUCUCAGCUAAAUUAAUGACUGUACUGCAGUUAAUUAAAUCAUCUGUUUAAGAGAAUAUGAACUAUAUAAUCUAAUUAUGCAAUGUGUCACUGGCCCACACAUGUUUGUCACAGACGCCCAUCUGAAAAUGUUCUGCAAUAGUGUCGAUGAUCAUCAGCUUUGUUCAAAAACUGUUUUUAUCUAAAACAAAUAAAAUAUUUUUCAAAUGUUUGCAAUAAUCAG